CUCUCUCAUUGUGAAGUUAAGGUUUGCCUGUUGUUAUUUAUUUAUUUAUUUAUUUCAUUUUAUUAUUUAUUUCUCAAUCAUUUCUCCUUUAUUUUGAAUUUAGUCUUUUUCUCUUUCUCCUUUCUUUCUCCUACUUACGUCAUUUUAACCCCAUCUUCCCUUCUCCUUUCUUCCAUCUCCCUCCUUCAUUUUAAAAAACAUCUUCCCUUUUCCCUCUUUCUUUCUCCUCUCUCCUUCAUUUUAACUCCAUCUUCCCUUUUCCUCCUUUCUUCUUUCUCCCUCCUUCAUUUUAAAUUCAUCUUCCCCUUUUCCCUCUUUCUUUUUCUUCCCUCCUUCAUUUUAACUCCAUCUUCCCUUUUUCCUCCUUUCUUCUUUCCUCCUUCAAUUAAGCUCCUUCCUCCUCAGUUCCAGUCACCACACUUCUGACUUUCCCUCCUCUUAACUCCGUCCUCUUCUCUCCUUCAUCUUAACAUCACCUUCCCUCUCCUUCCUCCUUCCUCGUACCACCAGAGUCCAUACAACUUCCUCUCCUUUUGACUCCCAAUCUCCCUCUUUUCUUCCUCGAACUCAAAUAUUUCGUAAUCUUAACUUUCCCUUACCGUCUUCGUUAACUCCCAAAGCCUCUCUUUCUUCGUAACUUCAACCUCUUCCCUGUAUUUCUUUUAUAUAUUCCUAGGGCUUGACAGACUGAAGAGACGAGAGAAGGGAGAGAUGGAGAGAUAAGGUUUUUUUAUUGUGAUGUUCGUAGCUUGGGUGUGAGACGAGAGAGGGAAGAGAUAGAGAGAUAAGAUUUUUUUGUGAUGGUCGUAGCUUGGGUGUGAGAGACGACAGAAGGGAAGAGAUAGAGAGAUAAGGUUUUUGUGUUGAUGUACGUAGCUUGGGUGUGAGAGACUGGAGAGAGGGAAGAGAUAAAGAGGUUAAUGGUCCUACGGAUUCUAGAGUUUAAGAGAUGGUCACCUUGAGAAACAUGCAGGAGAGAAAUGAAAUGUAAAUAAGAAAAGGACAUUGAUAAAAUAAAGUAACUAUUUAUUAUUGUUAUUUACCAUUGACUGGAGAGGAAGGGGAAUAAUUCAUUAAGAGUACGUGAUUAUUAAUUAAAUGUUUCGUUCUUUAGUGAUGUAAUUAGAGGCAGAACACAGGUAAGAAAGAACUAUGACAGGUAGAUAAUGAAACAGAGGAAUAAAUAGCAAGUACAAGAACAAGUAGAUAUAUAGACGAAUAGAUUAAUAGAUUUACUGAUAAACACAUGCAUUUAUUCAACUCGUGUUCCUUGGUAAAUACAUUUUUUCUACACAAUAUAAUCUCGCUGACCACCACUCCCAUCUCUAGUGCCUCCCACCCAUUCCUGCCACCCAUACAAGUCAAAGGGACCAUUAUUGAUUGAUCCGUACCGGGAUUAAGGGAGAUUAAAGUUUGUUGACCCCGCGGGAGGCUAAAAAUCGAUAUUUAGCAUUGAUGGAAAUGUGUUCGGCGCCAUGUUGACAGUACUAGUAAAACUGUCCUAGGCUUACUCUCAACUAUAUUAAUACAGGUCAUUUUCCUCAUAGAUUUUUUUCAUAAUUUCAGUAAAUUUUAUAGUGUAUCCUAGAAUGUAUGGAGGUUGAUUAUAAAACUUAUUCUCGCCACUUGAUCGGCCAAAGUCAAAAGUGAAGAGAUUCGGACACAAUGCGUGCGCAUGUAAACAACACAUGAAAUGCAAAAUACAAAAUAAUAACAAUGAUAAAAACACAGAACCAUUAAAUUCAUAUUUCAAAAUCAUAUAUAUAACAAAAUUGAAGAGUUAUAAAAAACGAGAACGGUAAACAAACAAAACGCGAGACUGAAGCCAAGAUCAGAAUGAAACGAACAGAUUGCGCGCGCAUUUGCCAAAGAAAACACCAAUAAAAUCAAAAUAAAAUCACCAAAAAAUAGGAAAACAAGCCAAAAAAACACAGGGGGGCAGAUCGAUACCACCAAAACACGAAAUUAUAAUCCGGAAAGGAACAGAUGAGAGGAUGAAUAGGGAGAGAAAGAGGGAAGAAGGGGAGAUAUGAGGCAGUAGAAGAGGGGACGAGGGUGGAGGAGGACAUAGCGAAAGUUGGUGUCAGCGUCAUGGCCUCAAUCGUGCUCAAGUCUCUCUCUGUCCUCCUGGGAAUCUUCUUCAUCUUCGUCGGCACCACAAAACUCACGCCCAAGAUUAGCAAGGAACUGCAUAAAGAGCUGAGGAAGGAGUUCGCGCGGUACAGCAAAGUGUUCCCUCUGGCACAGACGCUGGAGUUCAAGGUGCCCUCCAAGUGGUACAGACGGAGCGUGGGCGGCCUGGAGGUGCUGUGUGGCGUGUGUCUCACCUUCAUACCCUCCAAGCGGGUGAAGCAGUUCGCCAACCUCAUCCUGGCCCUCAUGAUGCUGUUUGCCACAUACAAUCACUGGAUGGUGGGAGACAAGUUCGAGAGACUGGCGCCCUCCCUGGUGUUCUUCUUCAUGCUCACCUGCCGCCUCAUCGUGGAGUACCAGAUCCACCGCAAGGAGAAGGCUGACCGACUGGCCGCCAAGAAGCCACCCACUGACAAGGAGGGAACCGCUGCCUCCCCCGCCCCCUCCACGCCCACUCCCGCCCCCCCCACGCACCACCACAGCAAGAGCAAGAAGGAUGUCUAGUGUGGUGGUGAUGGUGGUGGUGAGAUGUGUGUGUGUGUGUGUGUGUGUGUGUGUGUGUGUGUGUGUGUGAGUGUGAGUGUGUGUGUUUGUGUGUGUGAGGAUUGUAAUGUGUAGAGUAGUGAGGUGUGUGUGUUUUUUUACGUGUGUUUGUGUGUGUGUGUGUUUGUGUGAGUGUGAGUGUGAGAGUGUGUGUCUGUGUGUGUGUGUGUGUGUGUGUGUGUGUGUGUGUGUGUGUGUGUGUGUGUGUGUGUGUGUGUGUGUGUGUUGUCUUCUUUGUCUUUCUUUUCUUGUCUUCGUUGUUUUUAUUGAUCUUUUUCAAAUCACGUAUUUUUUCAGUGUUUUAUAUGGUGUUUAUUCAUUUUAUUUAUUCAUUUAUUUAUUCUUAUUGAUUAAUUAAUCUAUUUAUUAUCAUUUUUUAUUUAUUUUACUUUUUUUUUUUCUUAAUAUUAUCUAGCUCAUUUUUCACUGAUUCUUCUUCUUCUUCUUCUUCUUCUUCUUCUUCUUCUUCUUCUUCUUCUUUUCUUCUUCUUCUUCUUCUUCUUCUUCUUCUUCUUCUUCCUCAGUUUUCCUUCUUCCAAUUAUUAUUAUUAUUAUUAUUAUUAUUAUUAUUAUUAUUAUUAUUAUUAUUAUUAUUAUUAUUAUUAUUAUUAUUAUUAUUAUUGUUAUUGUUACUCUACUACUACACUACUGUUACUAUCACCACUAUAGCUGUUAUUAUAAUGAUUACUAUUACUAUUAUUACUAUUAUUAUAACUACUAUUAUCAUCAUCAUCAUCAUUAUCAUCAUUAUUAUUACCACCAUCAUAACCACCAUCACCACCAUCACCAUCACCCCUCCAUCAUGAGCCUCUCCUCUUUCCUUUCUUCCUUCACUAACAUGUAAGAUAAAUUGAUGCCAAAAAGUAUACAUAAAACUGUUCACCCUGUGUGUACAUGUGUGUGUCUGUGUGUGCGUGUGUGUGUGUUUAGGUGUGCGUGGAGCAGGACACACACCUGGAUUACUUCAGGUGUGCCUAAUUAACAAACCCCUGGUGCUGUACAUAACUACCUGUCCUUAACGAGUCCCUGCCCUAACCCACUGCAACCUCACUUAACCUAACCUAACCUAACCUAACCUAACCUCACCUAACCUAACCUCACCUAACCUAACCUAACCUAACCUAACCUAACCUAACGUAACCUAACCUAACCUCACCUAACCUAACCUCACCUAACCUAACCUAACCUCACCUAACCUAACCCUAACCUACUGCAACCUCACCUAACCUAACCUAAUCUAACCUAUCCUAACCUCACUUAAUCUAACCUAACCUAACCUAACCUAACCUAACCUAUCAUAACAUAACCUAACCUAACCUAUCAUAACAUAACCUAACGUAAUCUAACCUAACCUAACCUAUCCUAACGUAACGUAACCUAACCUAACCUAACCUAUCAUAACAUAACCUAACCUAACCUAUCAUAACAUAACCUAACCUAACCUAACCUAACCUAUCCUAACGUAACGUAACCUAACCUAACCUAACCUAACGUAACCUAACCUAAUCUAAUCUAACCUAACCUAUCCCAAUCUAACCAAACCUUUCCUAACCUAACCUAAUCUUAACCUUUUUUGACCUGACCUUACUCCAACAAACCUAACCUAACCUUGCCCAACCUUACCAGCGCUGCAUUGGUGUGUGUAUGUGUGUGUGUGCGUGUAUGUGUGCGUGUAGGUGUGGUGUCCCGUUUUCUUUGCCACUAUGUUUGUGAGAGUUAUCCCUGGAAUUUUUUUUUUUUCCAUUUUUUUUAUUCCUGUUUUUUUUUUUUUUUUUGUCUCUUCUCUUUGUCUUAUUUCUUUUUUUCUUUGCUUUGCUUAAUUUUUUUCUCCGAUAUUUCUUUUUUUUUCUCUUGCCUUUUCAGUUUUUUUUUUUUUUCCUUUUUCUUCUUCUGUCUUGUUUGUGAGAAUAAACAAUGAAAGAAAGGAAGUAAGAAAAUUUGUGAAAAGAAAAGAUUUAAAGAAAAUAAUAAAUUGAGCAAAUAAGAAAAGCUAAGGAAAGAAGAGAAAGGAGAGUGAAAGAAAGGAGGAAAAUAAAACAACGAAUAAAUAGAUUUAAAUAAAAAAAAAAUAGAUUUGAACAGGAAAAAAAAAAAAAACAUGAAUAGAUCAACACUAAUGCAAAUAUGUAAAUAAUAUAUAAACAUUGAAACGAGAAGAGAAUAAAAAUAGACGAGUGAAUAAAAGAACGAACAACAAAGAUAGUAAUAAACUGAAGAAAAAUAAAUAAAUCUUUGGACAGGAAACAAGAAAACACAGAUAAACGCUAUUGCAUCUCGUAAAUAAGAUCUGAAUAUUGAAACUAGAAGAAAAUUAAACGAGUGAAUAAAUAAAAGAAAAAAAAAUGAACAUGAAACAAGAAAAUAAAUAUAAGAUUGAAAUAUGCACACAAGAAAAUUUAAUGAUCACAGCAAAAGAAAGAAGAGAUAAAAGGGAAAAAAUGAAAAAAAAAAAAACAGGAAACAAAGAAACAAAUACAAAAUCGAAAUUCAGAAACGAGUGAAUUAUGCACACAAGAAAACGAAUAAUACUAAUGAUAGCUGUAGAUUUAACGGUAAGACUGAAGGGUAAUAAUAUUUUAGGCACGGCGGCACACGACCUUUUGUAAGAGACCAUUUUGUAACCAGAACGCUGCCAGACCAGGUGAGCUGCGCCAGUCACCGCCACACAGGUAACCUCUUCGUUACCUCAGGCUAAGGACUUUGUAAUAUUAGGGGAUUUUUAUUACAGAUUUUUUUUUUUUUUUUUUUUUAGGCUCGUUUUUUUAUUUAUUUAUUUUAUUUAUUUAUUUAUUUAUUUAUUUAUUUAUUCAUUUUGUCUAUUUGCUGCUCAUUUAUUGUUGUUCUUGUUAUCUUUUCUUUUAUUGUUAUUAUUAUCAUUAUUGUUAUUGUUCAUCUUGUUUUCAUUUGAGUAUUAUUAUUAUUUGUUUAUUUAUUUAUUUAUUUAUUUUCAUCUUUCUAUCAAUAAUUUCCAAGUACACGAACCAAACCCGUAUUAAACCACCACUUAUUUCCCUGUAUACUACCUAAGUGUGUUACGUACUGAAAACCAAAACAAUCUAUGAAUACAAAACUCCCUGAACGAUGUGUAAAAAGGGUGUUGCGUGAAGACAAAUGAACAAAAUAUGUAUUACUAAUAUUGUUCUGUAUAGACUUUUUAGGUAGCAAGGUUAUAGGCUAGAGUUGUAUUGUUUUGCAUCCUGUCUGGUUGUAUUGGCUUGUGGCGGCAGACUGUUAACAAGCGGCGUCACUUUCUGUAGCGCGAAACUUUGUUGGGAUUUGAUUUGACUUGUUAACGUGUUUGGGUUUUCAUUUGAUCCAUAGACGUGGUACGGACUUCAUUUUAUUCCAGUUCAUUUUGUUUUGUUUCGUUUUGUUUCUUGUGAUUUGAUUUACGAACUUUGGGAAUUCGGUUUGAUAUUUUAUUUUAUCUAUUUGUUUUGUUUUGCAUGUAUAUAAAAAAUGAUAAUAAUAUAUAUAAGUUUACGUAUAUCUUCUGCUAUAAUUAUUUAUUUAUUUAUUUAUUUAUUUAUUUAUUUUACCAUCAGUUUGCCAAAAAAAUAUCAACAUUAUUUUCUUUUCCAUAAACAUUUUUGGAAACUCAUUUGUACUAUAAGCUUUUUUUUUUCUUUUAUUAUUUAUUAUUUUAUUUUAUUUUAUUAUUUUAUUAUUAUCUUUUAUUUGCGUAUUCUCAAAAAUCUGCAGAAAAGGACGCCGUGCAUAUUGGAACCACGAAGAUAGGCAGCCAUGUUGGGUUACAAUCAUUUCUCUGCCUUACAAAAACAUGCCUAUUGAUUUGUGUGGAUGUGAUUUAAGAGAGAAAGUAAAAAAAUAUGUAUAAAUCUAUAUAUAUAUAUAUAUACUAUUAUGUAUUUUUACCGGAAGUUUUAUGCGGGGAAAAAAGUAGAUUUGUUUUUCUUUUAGGAUUUGUGUGUAUGUAAUGUUUGUGCGUUAUUAUUAUUGUUGUUGUUAUUAUUAGUGUUAUUAUCAGUGGUGUAUUUGCUUUUUUAUCUAUUUUCUUUUCUAAUCUUUCACUUCCUUUUUUUUCAUUGUUGGUUUAUUUAUUUAUUUAUUUAUUUAUAUGAGAUAGUGCCAGUAUAUAUAGUGUGCUGUUUAUUUAUUUAUAUAUUUAUUAUUAUUAUUAUUUCUUUACAGCUGCUCUAUUUCCCAUAGCUGAAAAUUAUUAUUAUUAUUAUUAUUAUUAUUAUUAUUAUUAUUAUUAUUAUUAUUAUUAUUAUUAUUAUUAUUAUUAUUAUUAUUAUUAUUAUUAAGGUGUAGUGAUUUAAGGUAAGCAGUAACGAGCCUAAUAUAAUUCUGCCCACUAUCAUUCUCAUCUUGUUCAUUAUAUUACCAUUGUCUGUUGACGCAGUGAACGUUAUAAACAACAACAACAACAGUUUACAUUAAUA